ACGUGUAAGCUUGGAACAGUUUUCUUUUCACUGCAUUGUAAAUCAGCUCUUUACCCCGCUGAGGCUUACGGAGCGGUUUAAAGUCUUUGACGUAUUUGCUCUGUGUAUAAUCGUUGGAAUUGCAGUCCUUUGGAGCAGCCGUGUACCCAUUGUGGAUUACUUCUGUUCUAUUGAUAUCUGAAUCUAUUACAUUUCCGGUCUGUAUCCAGGGUAACCGCUUACCCUUCCCUGACCGGAAGAGACACAAACUGAUUCAGACCUUUUCUCCGUGUUUGAUGUCAUUCAUUGAGUGAAAGUGUUUCUUCUCUAAUGAUCAUUUGACACAUUUGUUCAAAAUGCCCGGACAUAGAAGACCGUAUACUUCUUUAGAGGGAUAUGACGUGUACCCCUCCGAUGUGUACCAGACCAAUGAUUAUGACGAUGGGAUGAUGUAUCCCCCCGCGAAUGAAGGACCCUACUCUGGUCGAUACACCCCUAUGAAGGAGGGUCGGGGAACUCCCCUCAGAAGGUCAAACACAGUGGUGCUGGGGUCAAGGCCAUCCUCAAGGAUAAAUCUAGGAACACAGGAUAACGUUCAGAGGUACGGGGACUACCUACGGCCGACCGAUUCUCGACUUUUCUACCCGGACAUCAACAAUCGUCUACAGACACCCGCCCCUCCUACUCCUCAGCCAAUCAGAAGAGAGCGCACUUUUGGCGGGUUUUCUCAGAGCGACAAUGACAUGGACCCUUUCACCAAACAGUACUACACUCGUAUGUGGAAACAGAACAUGUCUCCCGAGAACAUGAAUUUAUACAGAAUGGGAAGAGCAGGUGGACGAUGGAGACACAUUACGUCAUGUACAGCUAGUUCCGGUAGUCAUUUGGCAUUUGUUGAGGGUACAGUAAAACAAGUAGACAACCGGUUGGUGAUGCCGCGAGCGAUUGAACCCGCCAAAAUCCCCGUGCCCCAGACAAUCAACAGGGUGCACUCGAGUAAGAAGAACAAACUGAACACGACCUACAACCAGCACGCCAAGAAUGGCUUCAAGUACUGGUACCAGGAGCAGAACAAACCCAUGGACCUUUACAUACGAUAUUUACCGCGAGACUAUAACAUGGACGAGACUUUGUGGGAUAGCCUUGUUAGCAGCAGCAAAGUUUCGUGGCAUCCCGUUUUCGAUUGAAGGCACGCUUGCUGGAGAGGGGGGUUUGGUGAAGCACGCACUACCCAGAAACAAGCACAUUCGUUGUAAAAUGUUUCCCACCCUUCAGAUUUUUUAUCGCAAUAUUAAGAAAGACAUAGAAUUUAUUAUUUAUUUUUUUUCAUAAACAAUACACUGUAUUUUAUUUGACAUUUCAUAGAUAUUUAUUUGUUUUUAAUUUAUUACUUUAUAUUUGUAAAAAAGAAGAAAAAAAAACAUUUUGCAACAUCAAACUGUUCAAUAAUUAAUCUUUUGCACUGGUGUUGACUUAAACACACACGUGUAAAACAGUUUCGUCCGACAUUUGCUCACUGUUGAGAGACGCUGUAGGAUUCAGUCGGUGGCCAUCAGUAUUGACUAGCUUACCUGUUGCUUUCUGUUAUUGUAUACAAUGUGAUGAGGAGAUCUAAGUACCAUUAUCAUGAAAUAAACAGUUGCAAACACU